CCCGUACAGAAUACAAAAGUCUCUCUCUUCUCUCUCUCUCUCUCUACAGGCUCUUCAAUGGAGGAGGAGAAAGGCGAAGGCGAGACAUCUCAAGAAACGCAAGAACACACCACGACCCACCACCUGAAGGUCCCCGCCGGGUUGACCCAGGACGAGUUCGCCGAGCUAGCCCCGUUCGUCGACGAGUUCCACACCUACACGCUCCGCCCGGGCCAGUGCUCCUCCCUCCUGGGCCAGCGCAUCCACGCCCCACGCGCCACCGUCUGGUCCAUCGUCCGCCGCUUCGACAGGCCCCAGGUCUACAAGCACUUCAUCAAGAGCUGCUCCGUCCCCGAGGGCUUCGCGCUCGCCGUCGGCUCGACGCGCGACGUCAGCGUCAUAUCGGGCCUGCCGGCGGAGACCAGCACGGAGAGGCUGGACGUGCUCGACGACGAGCGCCAGGUCGCGGGGUUCAGCAUCAUCGGCGGCGAGCACAGGCUGAGGAACUACCGCUCGGUGACGACGGUGCACGAGGCGGGGAGGACGGGGGAGAUCUGGACGGCGGUGUUGGAGUCUUACGUGGUGGACGUGCCGGAAGGGAACACCGAGGAGGACACGCGCCUCUUCGCCGACACCGUCGUGAAGCUGAAUCUGCAGAAGCUGGCGUCCGUCGCCGAAGGGAUGGCUCGUGGCCGGCGGUGACGCGGCCGACGACUCAGGCAUACUUUUUUAAAAAGAUCCCCACGAUAGUUCCUCCUCUUUUCUUCCCGUGAUUUUUCUUCUUUU